AUGUCUUCAGUAUCGAGUGUAGCGGCGAGCGUGACGGAUGCGGCAGCUUCUAUGACUUCUUCCGCAGCUGCAGCGACUACUUCAGCUCACGGGCUUCACGCUGGAGUUAACUCUCGGCCUCCAGCCUACAAAGCAGUCGGCGUUGCGCUCGCCAUUGCAUCUGGAGUUUUUAUCGGUAUUUCUUAUGUCCUCAAAAAGAAGGGCCUCCUUCAAGCCAAUUUGAAAGAUAAUGCAAAACCCGGCGAAGGUGUCGGAUACCUCAAGAAUGCCUGGUGGUGGACGGGUAUGAUUCUCAUGAUUAUCGGCGAAAUCUGCAAUUUCACCGCAUAUGCCUUCGUCGACGCUAUCCUUGUCACUCCCCUCGGUGCACUCUCAGUCGUCAUAACCGCCAUCCUAUCUUCAAUAUUUCUCAAGGAGCGACUUUCGUUCGUGGGAAAAGCUGGAUGUUUUGUGUGUGUGAUCGGAAGUAUUAUUAUUGCUAUUAACGCACCGGAGCAGAGUGCUGUUAGUGAUAUUCAGGACAUGAAGAGGUAUAUUCUGGCGCCGGGGUUUUUGUCGUACGCCGGGGUUAUUAUCCUUGGGUGUCUUUUUGUCAUAUUUUGGGUAGCGCCAAGGUACGGAGAGAAGAGUAUGUUGGUGUAUUUGAGCGUAUGCAGUUUAAUCGGUGGUUUGAGUGUCGUCGCUACCCAAGGUUUGGGGGCAGCGGUCGUCGCACAAGCCGGUGGAAAGCCGCAGUUCAACCAAUGGUUCCUCUACGUCCUACUCAUCUUUGUCAUAGCCACCUUGCUGACCGAAAUUUACUAUCUCAAUAAAGCAUUGAAUCUCUUCAAUGCCGCUCUUGUCACACCAACAUACUACGUCAUCUUUACCUCCGCAACCAUUAUAACAUCCGCCGUUCUCUUUCAAGGUUUCAAAGGCACUGGCUACUCGAUUGCAACCGUGGUCAUGGGUUUCUUCGAAAUUUGCGCUGGUGUGGUGCUACUGCAGCUCUCGAAAUCCGCAAAGGAAGUUCCGGAUACUGCCGUCUUCCGUGGAGACCUUGACCAAGUCAAGAUUGUGGCCGAGCAAGAAGAACCGGAAUCCGAGCCCAAGGCUGAUGCCAUCCGUGGCGCUGCUGCGAUUAUCAGAAGAAUGAGUACUGUUCGAAAACAAGCCGAGACAAAGGAAAUGCAGCAGAUUCACGAAGAUCAGUUAAGGGAUAUCAGAGAUAAAGACCACCUUAGUCCAGACGUUAUCGUUGAGUGGGAUGGGUUGAGAAGAAGGGUGUCUUUUACUAGUGAAAAGCAAGCUGGAGGCAGACCGAGACGACAUACGAGUGCUAGCCAACACCCGCGGACUAUGGAACCGACCUUGUCAAGACUUGAAGAAAUGGAAGAAGGUCGGGCAUCCAUUGAUAUGAUGAGGAUUGCAACCCACCAGAGCAGAUCGCAAAAUGACUUGAGGCAAACUGCUGAGCCGGUGACACGAGAUCAAUUGGCGCUACCAGAUUCUGUUACGCAAAUGAGAUCCAAGAUGGAAGAGCCAGCCAGCCCGGAGUCAACGCCGAAGAAAACAAUUAACAUAGUCCCGUCAAGCCCCGAGCACCGUCCUUGGUUCUUUGGCGGUAGAUCUCGAGGCAACUCUGCAGCGGACCCUCCAGCGAUUUCCCUAGAUGAUGAGAAACCGGCCGACGACGGCAUGCUACGCCCGGACACCUCCCAGACUCAGAAAGCUAGGCGCCAAUUCUCAUUCCAGGGCAUAUUCAGUAGACUCGGACGCGAGCACCAUCACCAACCCGUACAGCAAGACGACGGAGUGGAUGAAGAGUCGAACGAGUCUCCAGGCCACCAGACACCAGGAACAGGGACACCACAGCGACCCAAACCAUCUAGGGAGUCGUCAAAACCGAGUUCGCUGACCCGAGUUCAAACUGAGGAAGAAAGACUUGGCUUAGUGACCGGAGAUGCACCUAGCGCGUUUGAGGACGGGGCCUCUGAUUCGGGGUCUCUCUACUACGAUGAGAAGAAGCGGGUAGCUGGUGAUUCCCCUUCACCGCCGCCGAAUGUUGCCUCGUCCCCGAUCACGAGGAGGCCGGUGCGAGGCAGUACACAGAGCCUGCAGCAGCAACUCCAAGAUGAGAAGGGAGGGAAACAGUUAUGA